UUAUUCGCUGGAAAGGGGCCGUCGUUAUAGCUCUGAGGGCCGCCUCACAGCAUCUUCCGCGGGGUACAGGAGUGUGCUGUUAGCAGUUUGCUAGCUGGCUAACUUGAAGCUUGGAAGAUUCAUGUUAUGUUAAAAAAGCUAAACUCCUAGCGAUGACCAAGUGAAUCUUCAUUAAAACGGUCAAAUCAAAUAUGGCUGAAAAUAUGACAUGACAAUUAAUUUUUAUAUUAUGAUAAUGUAAAAAAACCAUUAUUUGAGUCACAAAAUGCAUGCUAGAGACGCCUGUUGUGUUCUGUGACGCCACACAGAAGUUUGUUUAUAUCAAAGUUGCUGUGUUAAAUAUUGCAUGCAGCUGCUAGAUGUUUGUGUAGCAGAGUUCAAGGAAAGUGCUUUGAAUUUCGUUCUUUUAUUGAACAGGAAUAAUUUGUCGGGGUCUAUAGAUUUAAUGUCACUGUGGGAUGGGGGGUGGAAUUACCUGUUCCAAUUGCUUUUAUUAUUGAUGCCAUCUACAGUACAUUGACGGAUGUAGGACCUUGACAUGUCCUAUUGUAGUGUACCUUCAGCUGCACGACAAUAACACCUUAUGGGAUGUGUUUGGAGGACCCUGGGAGUAUAUUGGGAAGCAAGCGAGUUUAUUGAGUUAGCAAGGUGUGUUGAGUCUAAAGCUGGGCUUGCCUGUACAACGAAGGUAGCCCUCUUUAAAAGUGCCAGCAUCACCAUUCUAACUUAGGCUAAAGUCAUAAGUGCUAUAUUUGCUCACUUUUUGAGCUGAGUAUCUGGAAUAAUAUGCAACAUCAAAUGAUAAUAUUGUUGCUUUUGGCAGUGAUAAGUAUUUUGGGAACUCCUCAUAAUGCAACAUAAUAAUUACGUGGCUCAUUUUUUGUAAACUACACCAGUUGGGAUGGUUACAUUUUUAAGUUGAAGUAGAAUAAUAUGACAUCCAACACACCCCCUCUUAUAUGAAGCCCAAAGCCAAAAACCAGACUUAACAAGGUUCUCUUUGAGCACGAAGGGGUUUUCAUCCAUCCAAGCGGUGAUGAAAUCGGCGUGGAGCAUGAUGUUCUCGUUUGUGGCUCACUUCAACUUGUCGAAAAGGAUGGGGAUGUCAUGAUGGAGUUCACACCUCUGGAAGAUUCGGUGGACCCCUCACAUAUGUUGUGUGCUGCUAAGGACUCCAGUUCAGUCAUGGAAUGGGUUCAGUGUGGCGGCCAGCAUCAAGGAGAGCGAGGACAGCAGCUGUUGGAGAGUCAGCUGAGCUAUGAGACCGAUUGGGACUUGGUCAACUCUGCGUCCUUCAAGAAGAAGUCCUGCACCAAUGGCUCUGUGAUGGGCGGAAAUGAGCGGAGCAGGUGGUUCUUCUCAGUCAGCCUGAGUCAGUUGGGUACCGUCACGAUCCAGGAGGAUCACGCCGGUCCUGCUCUGAUCUUCACACGAAAGGAGUCUUCCUCGCUGCCGCCUUUGCACUUCCAUCAGGGCGGAAGUAGAGAGCUUCUGGACAGCCUGAGGAGAAUCGCCACCCUCAGCGAGUCUCCAGAGGAUGAGUCGCGUCUGCUCAUCAGCACUCCAAACAAGAUUCUGUCGCAGUCCUUCGAAAACCUCCUGGAUGACAACAACUAUGGCCUGGUCCAUAAGUUCCGCAAGGACCCGUAUGUGACCACGCUGGACCGCUUCUCCAAGGUCACCAACUACAUUUUUGAUGCCUUCCGAGGGACAGAGGAGCAGCAUCAGCGGCCCCCAGAGGAAGUGGCCCACCUCCUGGGAGAAGUCAUCCCGGGACUGGAGAUCAACCAGCAGGAGGAGCCAGGUUUCGAGGUCAUCACCAGGGUGGACUUGGGGACGAGGCCACAGGUAACAAGGAGUGAUCCGCUAUCGCCAGACUCUUGGAGUCAACAUCAGGACCAGGAGGGUCGCAUGAUCCACAUCAGCAGGCUGAAAGAGUCCAUCUUCAGGGGGGGACUGUGUCAUGCCACCAGGAAAGAAGCCUGGAAGUUUCUCUUGGGAUACUUUCCCUGGAACAGCACAUUGGAGCAAAGGAAAAGUCUGCAGAGAAGCAAAACGGAUGAAUAUUUCCGUAUGAAGCUGCAGUGGAAGUCCGUCAGCGAGGAACAAGAAAAGAGGAAUUCACGACUUCGAGACUACAAGAGUCUGAUCGAGAAAGACGUCAACCGAACCGACCGAACCAAUCGAUUCUUCGAGGGUAUGGAUACCCCUGGCUUGGUUCUCUUGCACGACAUCCUGAUGACGUACUGCAUGUAUGACUUCGACUUGGGUUAUGUGCAGGGCAUGAGCGAUCUGCUGUCGCCAAUCGUUUUUGUCAUGGAGAACGAGGUGGAUGCCUUCUGGUGUUUUGUCUCUUUCAUGGACCAAAUGCACCAGAACUUUGAGGAGCAGAUGCAGGGAAUGAAGACUCAGCUGAUCCAGCUCAGUACUCUACUCAGACUGCUGGACCCAUCCUUCUGGAGCUACCUUGAGUCUCAGGAUUCUGGUUAUCUUUACUUCUGCUUCCGCUGGCUGUUGAUCCGCUUCAAGAGAGAGUUCAGCUUCCAGGAUAUUCUCCGACUGUGGGAGGUGAUGUGGACUGGAUUGCCUUGUCAGAACUUCCACCUUCUGCUCUGCUGUGCCAUCUUGGACUCGGAGAAGGCGAAAAUAAUGGAAGAGAACUACGGCUUCAAUGAGAUCCUCAAACACAUCAACGAACUCUCUAUGAAGCUGGAUGUAGAAGAAAUCCUCCAGAAGGCAGAAAGCAUCUGUCUGCAGAUCAACAAGUGUCAGGGCCUUCCUCAAUCUGUGGUCACCAUUUUGUCAUUGGACACGGAAACCCGCGGCAUCUCUGAUUCAAAUGACUUUGAGUCGGCGGCGGCAGCCAUCGUCAGAACACCGCAUCGAGACGACCACACCUGCGCCACCAACGGACAUUUGAGAUCGAUGGACUCUCAGCAUCGCAAAGUUGCCUUCAUGUCGUAGCGAGCGUAUCCUUGAAAAUUAUUUUUCUACCACGUAAACUUUUAUCCUCUGCGUGCCGCCGGAUGGGAAGAAGUAGGCGGGGCUAGGAAGUAGGCGGACUGCAGCACCACCAAUACCAUACACACUCACACACACACGUGUUGACAUCAUGGAUACGUUGGUUGUGACAUCAGAAGAGGAACUUUUUUUGUAAGCACGCCGGUCGUCAUGGCUAAAACGUAUCAGAUGUAAACAUCUAUCUUCAACAGCAUUAAAGCAUUUUGCUCUACA